AUGGGUGAUAGAAGAAGGAGUAGCAGGGCAAUGCAAAUGGCACAAUACCAAGCAAGGCUUGACAUUAAAAAUGCUGAAAUGAUCAACACCGAAGCCGAACUUGUAAACUUGCUUAUGCAAUAUAAGCACCAUGUCGAAUCUAGUCAUCGUGGUUCUGUCACGGGGCCUUCAUUUGUGCAGCGUGAUAAAGAAGAGUGUCAUAACCGAAUGAUGAAAGAUUAUUUCAUCGAGCAUCCGAGAUUUCCUCUUUAUGAUUUUAGGAGGCUGUUUCGAAUGAGGAGAGAGCUUUUUGAAAGCAUAUUGAACGCAGUUGUCAAUCAUGACCAUUACUUUGCAAGGAAGAUAGAUGUCAUUGACCGACAAAGUCUGUCACCUCAUCAGAAGCUCACUUCUGCAUUUCAGAUGCUAGUUAAUGGAUGCUCUGCAAACUCUACUGAUGAGUAUUGCCAACUUGCGAAAAUUACUGCUAUUGAGAACCUAAAGCGCUCAUGUCAGGCAAUUUAA